AUGAUUAGAAGAUAUGUACUUGAAGAUGCUGAAUAUCUUACUUUAGUACAAACCAUACUAAUUUCCACCUCCAAUGACGAAAUUGAAAUCACUCCGGAUGACUUACCCUAUUCGUCUUCACUAUUACUAUUUUUUGCUCCUGUUGUUUCUAAUACCCACUUUUCCAAUAAUAAAUUUGGCAGAGAAAGCCUCAUGCUUUCUAAAAAAUUGUAUAAUGGCGUUACUGGUCAUAAAAACAUAGAAACUGAAAUAAUUGUAUCUUAUACUAAUCAAAAUGGUCGAUAUAAUGCAUUAAAAGAUAACCUAAAAAAAACAAACUAUGCUAGUAAUGAACAAACCUCUAAUAAUUCAAAUAAAGCAAAAGCAAAAGCUCAAAGUGAUAUCAACGACUAUUUCGAAG